AUGGACAGCAGCGAGUCGCCGUUGCGGACCGGCCCGGCCAUUGAUGCUACCGGCAUAUUCUUGCUCUCCGUCACUAUUCUAGUCUUUCUUGUGCCACUCUGCAUCUACUUCCCCCCCAUCCCUCCCUCACAUCGAGAUGCGCUCCUGGAAACACACACGCCCAUCGGUGUCAAGGCGGAGGCCGAGCGCCGGCGCCGGCGCCGGAGCAAGGGCAAGAAAGAUGACGUCGCUGCCGGCAGCACUAAUGCCAACGGCAUGGCCCUGAACGGCCAGGCAAAACCGGCCGCUGCAGCCACAGUGCGCAGCCUCUGGAUCUACCCGAUCAAGUCAUGCAAGGGCAUCGAGAUCAGCCAGAGCAGGGUGUUGCCGACCGGACUGGAGCAUGACCGUAUCUACGCAUUCGCGCAGCUGCGCAGCCCGUUCCCCGUGGGCGUCGACACCCCCGAGAAGGAGAAGAGUGCCCACCGCUGGGAGUUCAUCACGCAGCGCCAGUUUCCCAUGCUCGCUACCGUGCAGGUCGAGCUGUUCAUCCCCGACGCCGUCAAGGCCCGUGGCCGUCUCGGCGAGGUCGCCUCCGAGCCUUUCCUUCUCGUGCGCUUCCCAUGGCAGGAGCCCGGCUUCCGUGGUGCCAUGAGCUGGGUCGCGGCAAAGCUCAGGGGUGGUCUGAGUGCGGUCCCCGAGAAGCAGUUUGUGCUGCCCGUGGCGUUUCCCUCGCGCUCUGAGAUCGAGAAGCGCGGCUAUGAGUUCGAGGAGGUUACAGUCUGGCGCGACACCGUCAUGGCGCUUAAUAUGGAGAAGGAGCUGCCUUGGGAGCUGAAGCAGUACUUGGGCGUGAGCAACCGGCUCGGCAUUUUUCAUAUCGACCCGGCCCGAUUACGGAACGUCUACCGGUGUGCGCCCACCAAGCAGGAGGCCGGCUACCAGCCCAUCACGGGCUUUCAGGACACUUAUCCUCUGCAUCUGCUCAAUUUGUCCAGUGUCCGCGAUUUUGACGCCAAGAUCCCCAAGGACGAAAAUUUUCAAGUCUUGGAUUUCAGACGGUUCCGUGCCAACAUCGUCGUGGAAGGAGACACGCCCUACGACGAGGAAUCUUGGAAGAAGAUUCGGAUUUCUCCGAAACCUGGCAGCACCAAGAGGCACGAGCCGGCCACUUUUCACGUGUCUUGCCGCACCGUUCGCUGUAAGAUGCCUAAUGUCGACCAAGAUACUGGCUUCAGGCACGCUGUAGAGCCUGACCGGUCUCUGAGGAGGCUCAGGGAGGUCGACGAGGGCGCCAAGUUGAAGGGCUGCCUCGGUAUGCAGAUGACUCCUUUGUUCGACAAGACUGACAGGCCGCAUGACCUUGAGAGUUGGGUCGAGGUCGGCGGCGAAAUUGAGGUGCUGGAGACGGGUUCCCAUUUCUACAUUACACAGUAA